UUCCAUAUUAAGACUGUACAUCAGUGUGACUAUUGUUACUAUUUUUUCUGAUUUGACACACUGACAACCCAUUUAAUCACUUGUUAUGAUAUUAAUACAUGUUGAAAAAACGGUUUGAAGUUACAUGCAUCACUUCUCUUCUUGAACUUUGAAGUUGAACAUCACUAGUUUAGAACACCAAACACAUCUUGAAACAGUACAGUGGAAACAUGGAUUUUGCAUCAGAAUAUGUUUAUGAUAAUUGUGAAGUAUCAGAAGCCGACCUCAUUGAAUAUGUUUCAGACGAAGAAUAUGAAGGUGGAAUGAAUAUCAGUGAUUCCAGCUCUGAUUCUGAGGAUGAUUUAGGUGAAAUACUUCUUGCUAAAGGUGGUGUUGUGAGUGACAGUUCAAAACCGGUUGUUGGGUUAUCAGAUAUUCCAGCAGCACCACCAAUACCACCACGACCACCACAACAUAAAGCUGUUAGACAUGGAAAGAAGAAACCUCACUGGAAAGCUGCCAGAGCAAACUCUGGAGAUGGUGAUGAUCUCGGUUAUUUCGUGCCAAAACUACCGGAGCGGCCAUCUAGGAGCCCGAAGAAGUUUCGCCGUGCUGACACCAACAUCGUUUGUAUCAAACUUCAGAAGCUAGUGGCACCGAGUAACAUGCAUGCCGGAGACCCGAUUCACUGCAGCAAGUGCAAUGCAGUCCUGUCAAAGAUCUCCAAAAUUGUGAAAGAUGGCCCAGACAAGACUUGGCAGUGUGAGUUCUGUGAAGAAAGAAACUUGGUGGACAUAGAAGAUGAAGAAAUUCCCAAGAACGAUGAUGUCACUUACCUUCUGGAGCCCGCGCUUGCCACGGCCGCGAGUGGAGCCAGUGGGCGGGAUGAGUCUCUCGUUGUAUUCUGUGUGGAUAUCUCGGGCAGCAUGUGUGUAACAACCGAGGUUCCAGGCAAGGUGAAACUUCGCGGGAGUUCUCGUCUGGAGAGACUGCGGAGUUUCAACGACGACCACUCAGACCAGUACCUGCCGCGCCAGCACCGAAACACAACAUACGUGUCGCGACUGCAGGCCGUGCAGGCGGCUGUCGACCACCAGCUGGAGGAGAUGAGUCGCGAACAUCCGCACAGACGAGUCGCACUCAUCACGUUUGAUAACGAGGUGACUGUGAUAGGUGACGGGACAGCCACGCCAACAGCUAUAGCAGGGGACAAACUUGCCAACCAAGAGGCUUUGUCUAAGGUGGCAGAAACUGUUGAGAUGCCAAAGUCUAUAAAGGAAACUAGGAAAUCUUUGGGAGACAAACUCUUCAAUCUUGAAGAAGGAGGUGGAACAGCCCUGGGACCAUCGCUGAUUGUUGCCAUAGAAAUAGCCUCAAAACAUCCUGGCUCUAAGAUUAUCGUCUGCACUGACGGCUUGGCGAAUGUGGGGCUUGGCAGAUUGGACGAGUUUAAGUCCGAGCAACAACAGGAAGAACAAGAAUCGUUUUAUGAGACUGUUGGAAAUCUCGCUGUUGGCAAAGGCAUAUGUAUGUCUGUGAUAACAAUAAAAGGAACCAAUUGCAAACUGUUUCACCUGGGAAAACUGGCUGAGAAAACUGGAGGACAGGUGAACAUUGUUGAUCCCAUGAAGCUGACUGAGGAGUUCAGCAAUAUUCUAGCUGGGCAGAUCGUUGCCACUAAUGUGGUGGCCACUUUCAUUUUACACAAGCAGCUAUAUUUCAUCAACAAGAAGAAUCCAGAAACUAGGGAGAGCAAAGUGAUUCGAGAAGUUGGAAACUGCACAACAGACACUGAGAUCACGUUUGAAUAUGCCAUGAAACGACCAGAUGGCAAGAAAAAACCCUCACAAUCACCAAUUCCUGAAGAAAUGGGGACCGAUAAAAGUGCACAGACUAAGACUGAUUCUACAGCAACCGAUGCAGAACCAGAAAAUACUGAAAAUCCAACAGCUGGGAGUUCCAGUGCGGAGGUUUCUGCUAUGGAAGGUUCCUCUACAGAGGGUGCUGGGACAGCCCAGACGACAUCAGAUCAUAAUUCAGCUGAACAACGGGAAAGAUCGCCAGAAAGCAGGACUCCCAGUGAACUGCCAUUUCAGCUGCAAGUCUGUUACACGGACACGGACGGAACAAAGGCGUUGAGAGUGCUAACACAACUAAAGCCCGUCACACAGGACCGGAAUGUGGCUGAACAAAAUGUAAACCUUGAUGUUCUUGGGCUCCACACGGCUCAGCAUUCAGCCCAGCUGGCCCUGGAUGGCGAGUACACCAUGUCACGAGGUCAUGCCUUGAUGAACCAUCGGCUGGCAUGGAGGGCAGUACAAUCAUCUCCCCAGAAGAAAUCAUGGUAUAAAAAAAUAUUUUCGAAAAUCCAAACUGUAGAAAAUGCAGUUGGAAAUGCACAACAGUCUGAGAGAUCAAAAUCUGGCCGAGGAACAACAUACAGUGAUGAUGAAGAUGAUGAACGUGAGAUGGAGGUAUCCGACAUGUCAAAGAAAAAGAAAGGAAAGCUGAAAGCUCGAUCUGAAGACGUGACUGAUACCAUGGCGUGUAACUUAUAUGAAUGCACUCGUAUCAGCAGUGACAGUCUCAAGAAAUGAAUACUUCUAUCUCGUAACAGAAUGACUGGACUGUUCAUGAAAGAAUGACACACUUUUCAAAGACUAUUCUACACAUAGUCAAGACAAGAUUACAGUUGACCGACACGGAGUGAAGCCUUUAGAUUGCUUGUUAUUAUUGUUCCAAAGUAUAAUUUAUUAAAACUAUGUGUGUGCUCAAUUUCAAUGGAAUUUUUACUGUACUCCGACCAAUACUACAGCACCUGUAGACAGUACUACAUGAGUGACUGUCGGAUACCAUUUAUCUUACAACAAGUUGUUUUAAAAACGUAUCUAACAAGCAAAUGAGAGUUGAAAAUAGUAAAUUGUAUUUAAUGAACACGAAUGUAAUGUCCUUAAAAACUUGGUUUGAAACAAGUUUUAAAUGCCUUUUGCCACUAAAUCUUAUAUAUAUAUAUAUACGUCGCUUGCACUUAUGUAUCACAAAGUAAACACAUAAAUCAGUUUUAGUAUACUUACAAAGUUAAACAUUUCCAAUAUCUCUAUUUCCUGGGAUGGUUAUGGCUGUAGCAACUGGGUCAUCACCUAGGAGCAGCCAGUCACAUUUCUUUAAUUUAAAUCAAUGAUACAUGUAUGUGUGUGUUAUUGGUAUGUGUUAUCAUAAAUAAUGAAGGAUUGGUAUAUACGAAAAUCCAACCUAACUCAUUUAUGUCGGCUAUAAUAAUUAUUUUCUUUUAUAAUUUCCUUUUCAUUUAACCGUUUAAAAUAAUCUAAACCAGUUGUAAAAUGCUUUCAAACUGACCCAUGGCUAAAAUGAUGGAAUGGGCGAGAGAUAAUCAAAUUUAUUUUCAUGUUUGUUUGUUAUUACUUUUGAAUUGGUUUGAACUUCAUCAUCAAUCAUCAGUUUGCACCAACCGAUACACCGUAAUACAUGAAUUCUAUUAUUUAACCUGUAUGCACUAUAAUUACUGUUAGCAUAUCCCACAACAAGUGAUUGUAUUUUUUUAUAAUCAAUCAUCACUUCAGUUGAGGCUAAUCGGGCCCGUGCUUACAAAACUUUUCGAGUCCAGACUCAAUCUCUAAUGACGUCACAUGCAUACAGUUUGUAUGGCGUUGUCAUGACAUUACUGCCUCAGACUCUAUUAGAGUCUCGAGUCUAGACUCUAAAAGUUUUAUAAGCACAAGGCCCGAUCUAUUUUUUAUUAAAAUCGAUCCCUAAAACAUCACUACUUUUUCUAUGACUUUGAUGUAAUUAAUCACUAUGCAUUAGACUUGAUUUUAAGUUCUUUAAUCUUUAGUAUUUUAGGAAUUUAUGUGCACAUAUCUGAAACGCAGGCCUCUGAUAAUUGAACAUUUGCGUAAACCAUGUAUGUGUUACGCCAAAACAAAUUCACGUAACCCAUUUCGAUUUUACGUAACCCAUCAUGACCAUGUAAAUGAUGUCAUAAAUCCAAUGCAUGAACGGAAAAUUGGUUACAUAAAUUAGACGUACGCGAGUGAUGCAAGAACGUAACUAUCACUCUCGCAAUUUUCAGAGAUCUUGUUUUCCUUUUAUAACAUUUUUAAUACAUAUUUAAUAUUCAAUAGCUUGGUCUUUAUUUACUUGAAGUUAUAUAGUUGAGUUAUAUUUUAUGCUAAUGUUUUUUGUUACAUGCUUGAUUCGGUCAUUUUGUUACAUGCUUGAUUCGGUCAUUUUGUUACAUGCUUGAUUCGGUCAUUUUGUUACAUGCUUGACUCGGUCAUUUUGUUAUAUGCUUGACUCUGCCAUUUGGCCUCAGAUUACAGUUAUCUUCCCAUUUGGUUGUCCAAAAUCCGGAAAUGUGACCGCACAAGUAGUCUGCUGUUUGACUGUGAUUAUUUCAUGGCAGACAGCUAUGAAGUGGCAACUGUUUGA